AUGCCUGCUGAUCACAAGCUAAUACUAAUACCUGAGAUUGAAGAUUGGAAUGAAGACUUGGAACUGGUUGUAAUUCCUCACCCUAAAUCCUCUAACUUAUGUCAAUUUAUUUAUAAUAAUAAACGUUCUUGUAUAUAUGAACUUAAAGAAUGCUCGGAAAGACUACACAAUCUACCAAUCUCUGCAUUCUAUAACGAUUUAUGUAUCUCAAAAUUAGUUGUUUAUAUCGGAACUAUUGUAGAUCCCUUAUUUUUCUUUAUACCUCUACUCAACUUUGCAAGAAAAAAGGAAGCUAAACACUUACAUCUGAAAAAGGUCAUAUAUGAAUACUGUAGCUAUAUUCACGAAAAUUUUCAGGAAGAACAGAUUGGCAGUGUAAGCUUCUCAAUAUCUAACCUAAGAAAACUACUGAUAAUAUUUUUAAGGAACCCCAAACUUAUAGAGAAAAUUACCAGUAUCUGCGAUGUAAUUAAUAUAGAUAGCUCUUCCAUGGAUAAUCUAGAUUUUGGUGAGAACUGUGAUUUCAACCACUUCUCACUAGAUAAUAGAUUUUAUCUUCUGAAUGAUGAAAAGCUCCAAUUUUAUUUGUUUAAAAGAAUUGAAUUAUCAUCUAGAUUGGCAAUUGAGCAGAAUAUUUUAUUAAAGGAACACAGUGACCUUUCAAGUAAAAGUAAGGGACAAACACAAGAAUUUUGUGUCGAUGAAGAUUUGGCUAAAAUUACUGCUUCAGAUCUCGUAUUGACAUAUAUACCUAAUAAUAUGCCUCAAAUAAUUGGAUUCUUACAAAAUAAAUACAACGAAAUAACUUUAAAUUUAAAAUCAAGAUUUAGGGAAAAUUCCAACUCAGAUAGUUUUCGUUACAAUAAAAUCACUGGUGUAAAACGCCCUAUAUCAACAGCUUUUCAUAAAGGUCAAAAUAUCAUGAAAAGUAGUAUUGGCAACUUUAAAUUCAGUAAAAUGACGAAAUUUACUACACAUAAUACUAAGAGUAAGCCACAAGAUAAUAGUGUAAGCAUACUUAAUUUCAUAAGAAAGACCGAUAGGAGAUAG